CCCGCGCAGCAAAGCCCUGAACAAGAUGUUUGUAUACAACCACAAGCAGUCAGAGUGGAGGGAGCUGGCUGCCAUGAAGACAGCCAGAGCCAUGUUCGGAGCUGUCGUUUACAACGGAAAGAUUGUGGUGGCCGGUGGAGUCAAUGAGGAAGGACUCACUGCUGCAUCUGAAGUCUACGACUUUGGAACAAACAAAUGGGAGACGUUCACAGACUUUCCCCAGGAGAGGAGCUCAGUGAACCUGCUGAGCAGUGAGGGGGCCCUGUACGCUGUGGGGGGCUUCACCAUCAUCCAGAAUGACAACAAGGAGGUGGUCCCCGCAGAGGUCACAGAUGUUUGGCAGUACGAGGAGGACAAGAAGGAAUGGAGCGGGAUGCUGAGGGAGAUGCGUUACGCCGCUGGCUCCUCCUGCGUAUCCAUGCGCCUCAAUGCUGCCAAGAUGCCCAAACUCUAGACCCUUGCUGCCCCGUCAUAUUUCCCCAUGAUGCCCUCUGUCUGUCUGGAUUACCACCAUCUUCUCUGGGUUGUCGUUCCAUUUCAGUAAUAGAGGGGGUGUCACCGUCACAUGACAACUCAAAUGUGGACUCUAAUUGGUUGAAUGUGUCGAGAGUUUCUUUUUGUCUAUUUAUGAUCUCAGGUGAUUUUCGGUAAAAUAUAAACAACAUCUACUUUGCGUCAGUGAAGACCGCAUCAGUAUAUUAGUUUCCCUCACUAUAGAGUAACCCACAAUGUGUAUUUAGCUAGCUUUUUUGUAAAAUAAACAUUUGUU